AGCCUCAGUAUCUCAAAUAUCAGCCUCUACUAGUUGUACAGUUCUCUCUUAUUUGAUACCAGAGAGCCCAAUGGAGUCUUCUGAAGAACCUAGUCAGAUUAGCAAAGAUAACUUUUUAGCAGUUCCUAAUUUGUCUGAUUCUCUUUCUGAAGAUGAAGAAGUUAAAGCUACCUUCAAACCUGGUUUCUCCCCUCAACCUAGUAGACGAGGUUCUGAUUCUUCUGAAGAUAUGUACCUGGGCACUCCGUCUUCAGGUACAAGAAGAGUUUCAUUCGCUGACACCUUUGGAUUCAAUCUUGUGUCUGUCAAAGAAUUUGAUUGCUGGGAUUUACCGAAUGUUUCAACCAGUUUUGACUUAAGGAAGGACAUUUUCCACACAGAAGAAUAUGUUUUAUCUCCACUCUUUGAGUUGCCUUCUUCAAAAGAAGAUCUUAUGCAGCAACUUCAAGUACAGAAAGCAAUACUGGAGUCAACUGAGUAUCCUCCUGGGUCUACGAGUAUGAAGGGCAUUAUUCGAGUUUUGAAUAUUUCUUUUGAGAAGUUAGUAUAUGUGAGAAUGUCCUUGGAUGACUGGCAGACACAUUAUGACAUUUUAGCAGAAUAUGUCCCAAAUUCAUGUGAUGGUGAAACUGAUCAGUUCUCCUUUAAGAUUUUAUUGGUUCCCCCUUACCAAAAAGAUGGCAGUAAAGUUGAGUUUUGUAUACGUUACGAAACUUCUGUUGGUACGUUUUGGUCAAAUAAUAAUGGCACAAAUUAUAUACUGAUUUGUCAAAAGAAAGAACAAGAGCCGGAGCCUGUAAAACCACGGGAAGACGUUCCUAAUAGACAAAUAAAAGGCUGCUUAAAGGUAAAAUCAAGUAAAGAAGAAUCAUUAUUGACAUCAGAUGAGAAUGACUUUGAGAAUUCAAAGAUUACAGAUACCUACAUCCCAACAAUUGUUUGUUCCCAUGAAGACAAGGAAGACUCAGAAACCAGUAAUCAAAAUGUAAAAGACGUAAACAGGGAACAUGAUGAACAUAAUGAAAUAGAAUUAGAGUUGAUGAUAAAUCAAUGCUUAAUAAGAAGUACAGCUUCCAGAGAUGAAAAGAAUACAUUUGCGAUAGAUCCGGUCAAUUUUCCAAAUAGAGCUGAGGGGUUAGAGAAGAAGCAAAUCCAUGGUGAAGUGUACACUGACAUGUUUAAAAGGCCUUUGUCUCCAAGUUCAUCAGCAGAAAGCUCCUUCAAGGGAGAUUUUUACUUCAAUGAAAAGUACUCCUCAGGAAGUAAGUGUAGUCAUCAACCUUCAGAGAAAAUUACUCCAGAUAUAGGAGAAAUCAAGCCACCAUUGGGAGAUACUAGUAGUGAUGAAUUAGUGCAAUUACACACGGGCAGCAGAGAAGUACUGGAUGAUAAUGCUAAUCCAGCCCAUGCGAGAGGCAGAGUGCAAAUAUCUUGUCCUUCCUCAGAUCAACUAGUCACAGAGAAUCUCAAUAAAAAACAUGAAGGAGGAGCUGAGAAAAUUGAAGUGAAAGAUUGGGAAUGUUUAAGAAGAGGUUUCUGUUUGGAUUUCUAUUCAGAAGAAUCAGUAGGAAAGGGAUCUUCUAAGAAAGAUCAUGGCAAUAGUAAGACUGAGGAGGGUGGGCAAAGAACACAUUCAGGUGUUAACGAAAAACAAAGCAAAAAUUUUCAUUCAGUCGUACAUGACCAAGAAAGGAAGCAGGGCCACUCUGAAAUAAGUAUGGAAGGGACCGGAGCUGGUAACAGAGACCUAGCCGUUCGGCUGAGUAAAGACACCACAAUUCCCGACCAGACAAUCAGAGCAGAUACGUUUCAUUCACCAAGGAUAAGUCUAAGUCGGGAAGAAGCUGGGUUAACAACUCCAGAGCAUGGUCUCUCGACUAGUGACGGCACCACUUUUGGAGGGAUGCCUGAUCAGGUUUGUUCACGAAGAAAUGGAAAAGUUUUGAGGAAUGAUUGUCUUUUCCAAGUUGAAGAAGAAAAAUCAGGUUGGAUUAAUCCUGAAGAUCAGAAUAAGAACGCACAACAUAAACAAAGUUGGAAUGUUCUGGAAAGUCAGAGAAAAGCGAGAGAGAGCAAGACAAAUAGAACAGAACAGAUCAAGGAACAAGCAGAUUGUGAAGAGGUGUGGGGAAAGAGAGAUAAUACAAGGAGUUUGAAAGCUACUCCUACGGAAGAAUUGUUUACCUGCCAAGAAACAGUGAGCUGUGAACUGUCUUCUCUAGCUGAUCAUGGUGUUACUGAGAGAGCAGAAGCAGGUACAGCUUAUAUAAUUAAGACAACAUCAGAAAGUACUCUAGAAAGCAUGUCUGCUAGAGAAAAAGCAAUAAUUGCUAAGCUACCUCAAGAGACAGCACGAAGUGACAGGCCCAUCGAGGUAAAGGCAACAGCGUUUGAUCCACAUGAAGGGAGAAAUGAUGAUUCACAUUAUACCCUUUGUCAACGAGAUACAGGAGGUGUAAUCUAUGACAAUGAUUUUGAAAAGGAGUCACGUUUGGGUAUUUGUAAUGUACAUGUAGAUGAAACGGAGAAAGAAGAAACCGUAUCUAUGUACAAUCCCAGGAAGACACAUGACAGGAAGAAACGUGGCAUUGGAAAUAUCACAUCUGUAGAAGAAUCCUUACAGGUCAUUACAGGCAAUCAAAAGGCAGCCUCAAAACUGGAUUUACAUUUGGGAAUGUUACCAACAGACAAAAAAACAUUUCCAGAAAACAGAGAUCAUAAACAGGUCCAAGAAUCAUCAAAGAGAAAGGAUCUAGAAGCUGUUAUUCAUUCUGCUUUAAAUUCAGACACUAAUAGAGCUUCUCAGAAUGGCUCUCACGUUUCCAAUCACCAUGCUAAAACCUCAGUGCCAUCUCAUGAACAGGCAAUUGCUGUAGAGAAUAUAAUUACUACCAUGACUCUCCAAUCUAUUUCUACUAAAUCAGAAUAUAAUUGUAAUCCAACAAGUGAAAUCCCGGGUACCGAGAAGCACCCUCAUCCUGGGUCUACACCUGAAGAAGUUUCUAAAAGUUCAGGAGUAGUGACAUCAGGUAAUAGCAGAGAAAGAUUGACAAGCCAGAUUUUUCAACAAGAAGAAUGCAGUGAGGAAAAAUCUCUAUGGCCAAAGAUUUCCGUCAGUGAAGCCGCGGAGAACAUGGAAGAGGCAAGGCAUGGAAAAGAAGGAUUCAACUCUGGACAAUCACCGGGCUCUUCAGGUGACAAGGAAUCUGAGAGCUCUUCUUCUGCUAGUCUCCUUGCCCAGGAAGGUCAAAGUGAAAGCAGUGAAUCUCUGAUUUCGAAAUACACCAACUCUAAAAUACCUUAUUUCCUUUUGUUUCUGAUUUUUCUUGUAACUAUCUACCAGUAUGACCUGAUGAUUGGCUUGGCAUUCUACCUUUUUUCAUUGUACUGGCUAUCCUGGGAAGGGGGGAGACAAAAAGAGUCUGUCAAAAAGAAGUAACCUCACCAUUAUUAUUAUUUUCUCUUAAAUGAUAAGCUUUUUAGUCCCAAACAUUUGGAUUGGUGAAAGAGACUAUUCAUUGUUCAAAGACCCAGUGCAGUUUUUCUCUUGAAGGAUCAUUUAAAAAGGAAUGCGUAUGAAGUUUGCUCCUUCAUAUAAGUAAUUAUUCUAUAUAGGACCAUUAUGUUUGGAUCAUUAAAUGCCUAUAUGAAUAUGAGAUCUGAAGCACGUCAAGUUGAAAUUAGGUACAGCUGUUGCUCCUUAGCAGGCUAUGAAGUUGCAAUGCUUCACGUCUCUUCACUACUUAAAGUGCCAUUUCUUGCAUUCAUUUCUUUUGCAGUAAAGCUUCAUUUUUCCCCCUGAGAGUAUUUUUCCCUCUACGGUUAAAAAAAAAAUAGAUAAAACAUGAACAAUGGCAGAGGACUUUUUUUUUUUUUUGGUCUUUUUGUAUUGACCAUGAAAUUUGCAUUUAUCACUGUAUCAUUUAUCAGCACGUUUUGAUAGAUCAAAUCUUUCAACUUUGAUUCCAUAUUUUUAAGAACAAUACCCAUGUAUAUUGAAAUGCAUAAACUUAAAGAAAGACCUUGUUUGUUUGAAUACUUUAUACACGGAUCCUUUUUACCUCCUUCACACAUUCAAAGAGCACUCAUAAGCCGAAUCUGACAGAGACUGAAGCAACUGGGAGAUAAUCUUGUAACCUACAAAAUUUUGUGGGUGGCCCAUCCUUAAGCAAUGUUUUUCUCUUGUAUAAAGAGAAAGCAUAACACAGCUGAACAAUUUUAAUGUCAAUUAUUCAAGAGUCGAGGUUUUAAAGUUCUACAAGCAUUGCUUCAGAAUGAAUUUGUACUUAUAAAGCAUAAAGCAUUAAAUGAUAAUAAUAAUUAAAAAAAGAUUUCCAAAUGAA